AUGAAGGAAGUUGUGAGAGCUGAAAUUUUGAAACUCCUCAAUGCUGGAAUUAUUUAUGCUAUUUCAAACAGCUUAUGGGUAAGUCCAGUGCAGGUUGUGCCAAAGAAAGGUGGAAUGAUGGUGGUGAAAAAUGGCAACAAUGAGUUUAUUCCUACAAGAGCAGUCACGGGGUGGCGUGCCUUUAAUGCAAUCAAGGAGAAACUGAUUUCAGCACCAGUUAUGACUGUACCUAAUUGGAGUCAACCUUUUGAAGUCUCUUACCUCAUUGGUACAAAGGUGAUAGAGUUCACUGAUCAUGCAGCACUUCGCUAUUUGUUUGGCAAGAAGGAUGCUAAGCAUAGGUUGAUUCGUUGGAUCAUGCUUCUUCAAGAAUUUGAUUGGAGUUAUACUUUGGUGAAAACUUGUGAUCGGUGCCAACAUAUGGGAAAUAUUUUAAGAUUUGAUUAUGUAUCAAAAUGGGUGGAAGCAAUUGUUGCAACAACAAAUGAUGCAAAGGUAGUGCUCAAAUUUUUGCGUAAGAAUAUAUUCACAAGAUUUGGCACUCCACGAGCUAUUAUUAGUGAUGAAGGGACCCACUUUUGCAGCAAGUUAGUUAACAACCAUCUUUCUAAAUAUGGUGUGAAGCAUAAGAUAGCACUUGGCUACCAUCCUCAAAAGAAUGGCCAAGCUGAAAUUUCAAAUCAAGAAAUCAAGAACAUCAUUGAGAAGACAGUCAACUCCAAUAGAAAGGAUUGGACAAAGAAGCUUGAUGAUGCUUUGUGGGCAUACCGCACUGCUUUUAAAACACAUAUCGGGAUGUCCCCUUACCAAUUAGUGUUUGGAAAAGUGUGUCAUCUCCCUGUUGAGUUGGAGCAUAAAACUUAUUGGGCUAUAAAGAAACGCAAUUUUGAUUUGAAGGCAAGAAGGGAAAAGUGA